AUGGAGCGCCGCUCGUUUGAGAGCGAUCCACUGCAGCGACCAGAUGAUCCAGAGGAGGAGAAAAUCAGCUUGAGUUCAGCCGAUGAGUCGUCUCGCAACGGCAGCCGAGAUGAGCUGGUGGUGCAGCAGAGCCCGGCGUCCGUGAGAAGAGAGCGACGAUCACCUGCACCCGAGGAGGAAGAGGAGGGGGAGGAAGAUCUGGAAAAGAAACGAAUGAUGAGCGAAAGUGAGGGAGGGGACGAAGAUGUGCUCGAAUUCGGGCACACCACGAAUUGCUACUCGCUGUUCGUGCAAGGCGCAGUCAGCUACUUCUACGCUCAUCGCCACCGCCUUCGCGGGGUGCUGCUUGCCAGCACGCUGGUAGCUGCACUCCUCAUUAUCGCCGUUCUCUUCAUCUCCAUCUACGAUCCUGAUGCCGCCACCACCGAACGCAGCACGGAGGACAUCUUUAUUGCCACGAUCUCUACGGGUGUUAUUAAAGAACACUUGCACGCGCUCACCAAGGAGCCGCACGUUGCUGGCACCGCUGCCGACGAUGCGAAUGCCAAAUACGUGCGAGACCGAUUGGAGGCCUACGGCAUACAGGACGUCCACAUCGAAACGGUGCCCGUCCUGACGAACAUGCCUGUGCGAAGGGUGGUCGAGAUAGUGUAUCCCGACAACCUUCGCUUCCAGGCCUCGCUCACGGAGCCGGCUUUUCCCGAGGACCCCCGAACGCAGAACCCCAACGUGGUGCCCACCUUCAACGGGUUCUCUGCCAACGGAAACGUUACCGCGGAGCUGGUCUACGUCAACUAUGGACGGGAAGAGGACUACGCCUUGCUGGCCCAGCAGAACAUCUCCGUGAGCGGCAUGAUUGCAAUCGCUCGGUACGGCCAGGGUUUCCGCGGGAACAAGGCCAAGCUUGCUGAGGAGAAAGGCGCUGUCGGGCUUCUCCUCUAUUCUGAUCCACACGAUGACGGCUUUGCUCUGGGCAUGGUCUACCCCGACGGCCCCUGGCGACCGGCGGAAAGCGCGCAGCGGGGGAGCGUCUGGGAAGGUCAGGGUGACCCCUUGACUCCUGGCUGGCCUUCGACGCCAGACGGUCCGCGUCUCGACAAGGCGCAGGCCUACAACGAAGACGACCCCAAAAUGAAGGGCUACUCCACAUUGCCAAAGAUUCCCGUGCAGCCUCUGUCGUGGGCCGACGCGCUGCCCUUGCUCGCCGGCCUCCAAGGGCAAAUACCCUCGGAGAGCUGGCGAGGAGCACUGAACGUCUCGUAUGCUGCGGGUCCGGGUCCUGUGCGAGUGCACCUGGAAUUGGAGUUCGACUACAGCACCAAGGACAUCUGGAACGUCGUUGGUAGCAUCCGUGGCCACGAGGAGCCCGACCGCUUGGUCAUCAUCGGCAACCACAGGGACGCGUGGGUGUAUGGAGCAGGCGAUCCCCAUUCCGGGACGUCGACGAUGCUCGAGAUCGCGCGCGCCUUGGCCCUCUGCGUCGAAGGUGGCUGGAAACCGCGAAGGACCAUCAUGUUUGCCAGCUGGGAUGGCGAGGAGUACGGCCUCUUGGGAAGCGUUGAGUUCGUGGAGAAGCACGCGCACAUCCUGAACGCCCAGGCCGUGGCCUACAUCAACGUCGACUUUGGCGUCAAGGGCACCACCACGCUGCAAGCCAAGGGCACGCCGAAUCUGCAGAGCCUGCUCGCCUCGGUGGUGGAGAAGGUGAAUAUGCCCGACGGGCGCCAGGUUCGCGAGGUGUGGGAGGACGGAAAGGUCGGCCCGCUCGGGGCCACGUCCGACUUCAUGCCCUUCCUCCAGGAGAUCGGCAUUGCGUCGAUGGACUUACGGUUUAUCGACACCAACCCGCUCAUUGGCGUCUACCACUCGACUUACGACACUCCCUUCUGGAUCGAGCAUUUUGUGGAUCCCACGUUCGAGUUCCACGCCACUCUCGGGAGACUGUUGGGCGUGGUCCUCAUGCGCCUGUCUGGGGAGGCCAUUCUGCCCUUCGACUACAACCCCUACGCCUCGCUCUUGCAGGAGACGAUCAAGCACGUGCAGGCGAUUGCCCCCGAGCAGUUGGCACAGCCCUUGGCCGUUCUCGAGCAGGCCGGCCAUAAAUUCCAGACCCAGGCCAACGAGGUGAUGAAGUACAUUCAAGACCACCGGGGCGAGCUUAGCCGAGAUGUGUUGGGUCUGCGCAUCGUCAACGACAAGCUCAUGCGAGCAGAGCGCGGCUUCAUUGAGGCCAGGGGAACGUUGGGCCGAGCCCUCCUGCGUCACAUCGUCUUCGCGCCCGCCUUGGCUGACUCGGCGUCAGGCGAGUUGAUGCCGACGAUCACGCACUCGGUGCGAUCCUCCGACUGGGCGGAGGCGCAAUUCCAGAUCCUGCGCACCGCUCAGAUCAUCGACUCCGUGCGGGAGAUCCUCCGUGGGCAACCCAGCUUCAACUAA